AUGGCCAGGCAAUUGAUCCUCCUGGGUCUCGUCAUCUUCUUCGUCCUAGGCAAUCUCACUUUCUUCCGCCUCGCAACAAUCCUGUCGCGCCCACAACCCUCCCGCCGCCCGCGGGGGUCGCCCUCGCAUCCAACAUAUCUUCUCAUCGUCCUCGGCUCAGGCGGCCACACAGCCGAAAUGCUCAACAUCCUCUCCCAAACGCCCUGUCUACAACUCGACUUCACCCACCGCACCUACGUCGUCAGUUCGGGCGACGACUUCUCCGCGCUCAAAGCGCAUGAAUUCGAGAAGCAACUCCUGUCCGACUUGUCAAAGACGGAUAUUGUCAUUCCCGAAGGCACGGCGUCAAACUACGAUGUCGUGACCGUCCGACGCGCAAGACGUGUCCACCAGAGCAUCAUGACUACGCCAUUUUCCAGCCUGGCUUGCUUAACAGAUUGCUUCGCUGUUCUGACCGGCUCACACCGCGAUAUAAAGCCCCGCCGCCCGUCCAGGAACAAAUACCCUGACAUGAUCCUGACCAAUGGACCAGGUACUGGUGUCAUUGUGGUGUUAGCUUCGAUUAUCUUGCUGUUCCUUGGCUACGGUGGUCCAUUGACGAUUCAGACAUCUGCAAGUAGUAAGGACGGCGAACAGCAGGACUUGCAUCCUGACAGUGGGCAAAUGCGCUGUAUCUUCAUCGAGAGCUGGGCGCGGGUUAAGACACUGAGCCUGAGUGGCCGCCUGCUGAAGCCUCUUGUGAGUCGCUUCAUUGUACAGUGGCCGGAACUGGUCAAAUUGGAGGGAGAGAGGGUCGAGUAUAUAGGACCGCUGGUCACUUAG